GUUUCUGCUUACAAGAAGGGCCUUGAAAUUGAUCCAAAUAACGAGGCCUUAAAAUCUGGCCUUUCUGAUGCUCAGGCAGCUCAGGCCCGAUCUCGUGGCCCGGCUAGUUCCGCGAACCCUUUUGGUGAUGCGUUUUCCGGGCCGGAGAUGUGGGCUAAGUUGACUGCGGACUCAAGUACACGGGCUUACUUGAACCAGCCCGAUUUUGUUAACAUGAUGAAAGAUAUUCAGAAGAAUCAGAAUAAUCUAAACCUUUAUCUGAAAGAUCAGAGAGUAAUGCAAGCGCUUGGGGUUUUAUUAGGUGUGAAAUUGUCGACGAGGAUGCCGGAGGAGGAGGAUGCUGAGAUGCCGGAACCUUCGCCGGAGAGGAAGAGGCCUGCGGAGGAGGAGAAGAAACGGCCCGAACCGGAGCCGGAGCCCGAGCCAAUGGAAGUGGGUGAGGAGGAGAAGGAGAUUAAAGAGAGGAAAGCAAAGGCACAGAAGGAGAAGGAGGCGGGUAAUGCGGCUUACAAGAAGAAGGAUUUCGAGACUGCAAUUCAGCAUUAUAGCAAGGCUAUUGAGCUUGAUGAUGAGGAUAUUUCAUUCAUUACUAACCGUGCUGCUGUCUACUUGGAGAUGGGAAAGUAUGAGGAUUGCAUCAAAGAUUGUGACCAAGCUGUUGAAAGGGGGAGAGAGCUAAGGUCAGACUUUAAAAUGAUUGCAAGGGCUCUGACUCGAAAGGGGACUGCCUUGGCAAAGAUGGCAAAAAGUUCAAAGGAUUUUGAAGUUGCAAUUGAGGUUUUCCAGAAAGCCCUGACUGAACAUCGCAACCCGGACACUCUGAAGAAACUCAAUGAUGCUGAGAAGGCGAGAAAGGAAUUAGAGCAGCAAGAGUAUUUCAAUCCGCAAAUAGCAGACGAAGAACGCGAGAAAGGAAACCAGUUCUUCAAAGAGAUGAAGUAUCCCGAGGCGGUUAAGCAUUACACUGAAUCCAUAAAGAGGAAUCCCAAAGACCCGAGGGCAUAUAGCAACCGGGCUGCUUGCUACACGAAGUUAGCUGCAUUGCCUGAGGGGCUCAAGGAUGCUGAGAAGUGCAUUGAGCUUGAUCCAACAUUUGUAAAGGGCUACACCAGGAAAGGUGCUGUUCAGUUUUUCAUGAAAGAGUAUGAAAAAGCUAUGGAAACUUACCAGGAAGGAUUGAAGCAUGAUCCUCAGAAUCAGGAACUGCUAGAUGGUGUGAAGAGAUGUGUGGAGCAAAUAAACAGGGGAAGCCGUGGAGAUCUAACUCCAGAGGAGCUCAAAGAGAGACAGGCCAAGGGAAUGCAGGAUCCAGAAAUUCAGAACAUCCUUACAGACCCAGUAAUGAGACAGGUGCUGACUGACUUCCAAGAGAACCCAAAAGCCGCACAGGAUCAUAUGAAGAACCCUCUUGUGAUGAACAAGAUCCAAAAGUUGAUUAAUGCAGGAAUUGUCCAAGUUAAAUAAGUAGAGCAACGUUUAGACCUCAAAAGGGAAAUAGGGCAUGGCUAUCCAUUAUUUAUUGUCGUUUGUGUAUUCAAGGGAAUCGUUCAUAGGACUCCUUUUACUCUUCUGAGGGUGUAAGGUCGCACAAUGUCUUGGUUUCCCGGUUUUCUUCUGUCGCAACUUCAAAUUUUGCAUCUUGUUGCCUGUUGGCUCUUUUAUGUC